AUCCGGUAAAAUGGCGCCUUUGCUUUGUCUCCACUGAAAAAAAAAGGUUUGCUUCAAUAUUCACAUUUUUUUCUAAAAUACAAAUUACUGAGAAUUAUCUGUUUUACAUCUCCGGGACGACGUGCCAAGAACUACACGUGUCUCAGUCAUUCAAGAAAUGACAAAAGAGUACAGUAGGUUAAAUGAGUAGAACCUCAGCUGAAUCUACAGACCAAAUGAUGGAGCAGGAAGUAGAUCAUCUUCCGAUUACAGACCAGAAGGAGGAGGAGGAGCCUGGGAGCUCAGCAGAGACUGAGAGACCCUCCUCUUCUCACACCAAGAGGAAGCCUGCUGUUACAGCCAAGCACACCGGAGGGAAUGAGUCUGACACCUCGGACGAGAGUGGACAGGAAGAUGGCGCCUCUGACAACCCCUCAGAUGGCGUGUUGGUGGUACGGCCUGGGACUGACAACAAGGAGAGCAGAGGAGCCAUGAAGCUGGACCUCUCAAGGAAAAACACAGAUAACACUUUGGAGGAGAGGAUAGACUGCACCGCCUGUGGACAGCAGGUCAACCACUUCCAGCGCCACUCAGUGUUUGAGCACCCGAUGCUCCAUGUGCUCCUCUGCAAGUCGUGUUAUAAGUAUUACACCAGCGAUGACAUCAAUAAAGACGAGGACGGCAUGGACGAACAGUGCAGGUGGUGUGCUGAAGGUGGCAACCUGAUCUGCUGUGACUACUGCCACAACGCCUUCUGUAAGAAGUGCAUCCUGCGUAACCUGGGGCGCAAGGAGCUGUCUAUGAUCACCGACAAGGACAGUAAAUGGUCCUGCUAUAUCUGCAGCCCUCAGCCUCUGUCAGACAUCGCCUCCAACUGCUCCAACAUCUUGGCCCAGCUGGAGAGCUUCUGGCGCACGGGAUGCAAGAAAGAGAGGAAGGAGGUGAAAGGGCACAGUAAGGGUAAAGGUCACCACCACCAUGGUAAAGCUGUGGUGAACGGUAAGGAACAUUCAGACGGGUCAGGGACCCUCACCUUCUCCUAUAAGACCCUGAAGGUCCCCAAGGAGCUGGUGAAGAGGACCAAGAAGCUGAUUGAGACGACCACAGGGCUCAACAACACCUUCAUCCAUUUCAUCCAGCAGGCUGAGGAGGAGCAGGGAGCAGGAGGAGGUGGCAGCGGGACCAGACACCUCAAUGCCUUCAGGUCUGUUCUGGCUGAUCUGAAGAAGGCCCAUGCUGCCCUAGAGGAGGACUUGGAGUCACAGUUCACUUCCCAGGACCAGGGGAUGCAGAACGGGGAUGCUGUUUCCAACACCGACGGCCACGACGGCCACGAUCAGAUUGACAACAUGGUUGAGGAUGGACAGGAGGCAGAAGAGGAUAAAAUGGCCGACACUGAGGACGGGGAGGAGCUAGAGGAGGAUGGGGGCUUGUCAGAGGACGCAGAGAUGGAGGGGAGCCCCGCCCCCGCGCCUCAGGACCACUCGGACACAGAGACAGAUAGCCAGGCCAAAGACCAGACAGCAGUGGAGGAGGAGGAGGAUGAAGAAGAAGAAGAGGAGGAGGAGGAGGGUGAACGGGAUAAAGACAUUGUGUCCGUCGGGCCGGCCGUCCCUGACGAGCUCUUCCAAAUGGUAGAGAGUCUGGCGGACUCGACAGGGUUAACGCCCGGCAACAACGCCAUGGAAACCACCGCUGCUAGCCAAUCCGAGAGCCCCGCCGCCGACUCAAACAGGAAGUCACUUGAAACCCAUAAGGAGAAGGCCAUGCCCAAGGUGAAGAACCUGAUUGUGAAGCUGACGCCCGUUCCAGUGGUUACCACACGCACCUCCAGGUCUAUGAGCAAGGAUGGAGGGAAGGAGAGGAGUAAGGAUGGAGGGAAGGAGAGGAGUAAGGAUGGAGGGAAGGAGAGGAGUAAGGAUGGAGGGAAGGAGAGGAGUAAGGAGAGGAGUAAGGAUGGAGGGAAGCAGAGGAGUAAGGAUGGAGGCAAGGACAAGAGUAAGGAUGGAGGCAAGGACAAGAGUAAGGAUGGAGGCAAGGACAGGAGUAAGGAUGGAGGCAAGGACAAGAGUAAGGAUGGAGGCAAGGACAAGAGUAAGGAUGGAGGCAAGGACAAGAGUAAGGAUGGAGGCAAGGACAAGAGUAAGGAUGGAGGCAAGGACAAGAGUAAGGAUGGAGGCAAGGACAAGAGUAAGGAUGGAGGCAAGGACAAGAGUAAGGAUGGAGGCAAGGAGAAGAGUAAGGAUGGAGGCAAGGAGAAGAGUAAGGAGGAGGUGGAGGAAGGUGGGGGCUCUGAGGAGGACAGCCGCCGCUCCAGCCGCACAAAGACCACACCCCUCAGGAAGUCACCGGACGGGAAGAACAAGAUGGCCGAAUCCUCUCCAGAGAACAGUGACUCAGAGGGCAAGAGUCCCAGCAGGCUGAAGAGUAGAGCCAAAGGCAGCUCGGAGAAGGAACAUGAGGAGGAGGAGGAGCAGCAGCAGAGCAAUGCCUCCCCCAAGGUGACCGCUGACCCUUCUAAACAAGAAGUGGACUCUGACUCUGACGAGGUUCUGGACAUCCUGCUCCAGACUGCAGCGGCAGAACACAGCUCGGACGAGGAUGCGCAGCAGGACGCCGAUGGUAACCAGGGCAACAGUAGCUUCAAAAGGUGCCUGUUCAAACUCAGCAAGAAAGAUGGAGAGGAGGAGGAGAAUGACAAGGUGAAGACUGACAAGAAGCUGGCGGCCAAACGCAAACUGAAAGCCGACGAUUCAGACAACUCAGAGUCCGACUCAGACGAAGACGCAAAGAAGAAGAAGAAAAAGAAGUCCUCCUCAGCUUCUGCCAAAAAGACAUCCAAGAAGAAGGGCUCGGACGGCUCCUCCGACUCGGACCUGGAGAUGGAGGGACUCAGCAAACUGGCGACGGGGAAACGGAGGAGCAGCCGUGUGAAGAAGGAAAGAGAGGAGAAGGAGAACAAGGGCGGAGAUCGGAGGCGGUCGUACGAACUGAAACGCAAAGCCAGAAGUAGAGGAGCCAAGCAGCAAGAUUCAUCGUCUGAUGACGAUGAGGAGGAGGGAGGAGGGUCUGGAGAGGAGAGUGGAGACCAGCAGAAGAUUAAACCUGAUGACGAUGAGGAGGAGGGAGGAGGGUCUGGAGAGGAGAGUGGAGACCAGCAGAAGAUUAAACCCAUCGUGGAGGAGACGGUGCUAGCAGGGAGGGGAACCUUCCACCAGUCCUCAGGAGAUGAAGGUAACCAUGACGCUUCUCAGAUGGCCGAUGAGGAGGACGAUGAUGAUGAGCCUGAGAACAGAAUUGCCAAGAAGAUGCUGCUGGCCCAGAUCAAGGCUAACUACUCUUCAGGAGCAGAGGAGAGCUCUGACGAGGACGGAGAAGAGAACGAACAGAAGAAGGGGAAGGGAGGAGAGGAGCAGGAGGAGGAUGACGACGAUGAUGAUGAAGGGGGCUCUGGCUCUGAUGUGGACAUGAAGACGAGUGUGGGGCGUCGCCACCGGCUGCUCCGCCACAAACUGACACUGUACGAAGUGGAGUCGGGAGAGGAGAAGGAGAAACCAGCCAGCAAGGGGAAGAAGGAGACCAAGAGGACCAGACGGAAAGUGGGUAGUGAUGACUCAGCAGACUCAGACUUUAAGGAGUCAGCUAGCAGCAGUGAGUCAGGAGUUAGUGAGGAGAUCAGUGAGAAGGAGUCUUCAUCAGAGGAGGAGUCGGAGUCUGAGAAGGAAGGAAGUAGCCAAAAGAGGACCACACGCUCCUCCAAGAAGAAGAAGAAGAAGAAGAAGAAGGAGGAGAGGAGCUACGCCCAGAAGAAGAAACGGCGCCGCAUCAAGACCCAGGAUUCUUCAUCUGAAGACAAGAGCGGGUCAGGAGAGGACGGCUCGGCGAAGGAGGAUGGAGACACUCCUAAAGGACAGAGGAAGAAGAUCAGAAAAAUCCUCAAGGACGACAAGCUGAGGAUGGAAACGAGGGAUGCCCUGAAGGAGGAGGAGGAGAGGAGGAGACGCAUCGCUGAGAGGGAGCAGCUCAGGGAGAAACUCAGAGAGGUACUCGUGGUGGAGGAGGCGUCCGCCGUGGCUUGUCCAAUCACAACCAAGCUGGUGCUGGAUGAAGACGAGGAGACCAAGGAGCCCAUGGUGCAGGUUCACCGCAAUCUGGUCACUAAGCUCAAACCACACCAGGUCGACGGGGUCCAGUUCAUGUGGGACUGCUGUUGUGAGUCGGUGAAGAAAACCAACAAGAACUCUGGUUCUGGAUGUAUCCUGGCUCACUGUAUGGGCCUGGGAAAAACACUGCAGGUGGUAACCCUCCUCCACACACUACUGCUGUGUGAAAAGUUAGACUUCUCCACGGCUCUGAUCGUCUGUCCUCUCAACACCGUUCUCAACUGGCUCAAUGAGUUUGAGAAGUGGCUGUGGCUUCAAGGACGCUGUUUGUGUGUGACGGAGCUGGCCACGGUGAAGCGUCCUCAGGAGAGAGCGUCUGCUCUGCAGCAGUGGCAGGAGGAUGGAGGAAUCAUGAUCAUUGGCUAUGAGAUGUACCGUAACCUCACUCAGGGUAGAAACAUCAAGAGCAAGAAACUCAAAGAGACCUUCCAGAAGACCCUGGUUGACCCAGGCCCAGAUUUUGUGAUCUGUGAUGAGGGCCACAUCUUGAAGAACGAGGUGUCGGCCAUCUCUAAAGCCAUGAAUUCCAUCAAGACCCGACGGAGAGUGGUGCUCACCGGCACUCCACUGCAGAACAACCUCAUAGAGUACCACUGCAUGGUGAACUUCAUCAAGGAGAACCUGCUGGGGUCAGUGAAGGAGUUCAGGAACCGCUUCGUCAACCCCAUCCAGAACGGGCAGGCAGCGGACUCCACAGACCAGGAUGUACGCAUCAUGAAGAAGAGGGCCCACAUCCUCUACGAGAUGCUCAAUGGAUGUGUUCAGAGAAGAGACUACUCUGCCCUGACCAAGUUCCUGCCUCCUAAACAUGAGUACGUUGUGUGCGUCAGAGUCACGCCCAUCCAGUGUACUCUAUACCGACACUACCUGGAGCACUUAACAGGUACUGGGAACGUGGUGGAGGGGUCGGGUCGUGCCGGCACCAAACUCUUCCAGGACUUCCAGAUGCUCAGCAGAAUCUGGACCCAUCCCUGGUGCCUGCAGCUGGACUACAUCAGCAAGGAAAACAAGGUAUACACAGAUGAGGACAGCAUGGAGAGUUUCAUCCCAUUGGAGACCGAGGAAUCUUCUUUAAGCAUGACCUCUGAGGACAUUGAGAAACAGAAAAAGAAGAAGAAGCGGGGGAAGGCCAGGAAGAAGGACAGUGACUCAGACAGUGACGCUCUCGAGGUGAUUAAGGAGUGGAACACCAGCUCCCGAGGGGGAGACCCCUCCAGCCGCAACCGGGCGGAGCCACAGGAGGAAGUGCGUCCGGCCUCCAGCCCUGGCACCAGGAGUCCUGACUGGCACAAGGAGUUUGUUACGGAGGCUGACUCUGAGAUCCUGGAGCAUUCUGGGAAAAUGGUGCUGCUGUUUGAGAUUCUCCGCAUGGCCGAGGAGGUGGAGGACAAAAUUCUGGUGUUCAGUCAGUCUCUCAUCUCUCUGGACCUGAUUGAAGACUUCCUGGAGCUGUCUGGCCGAGCCAAAGAGGAGGAGAAACCUUCUCCCUACAAAGGUGAGGGGAAAUGGUUCCGGAACAUAGACUACUACCGCUUGGACGGCUCCACCAACGCCCUGAACCGGAAGAAGUGGGCAGAGGAGUUCAAUGACACCAGCAACGUCAGAGGUCGGUUGUUCCUGAUCUCGACCAGGGCUGGUUCUCUGGGCAUCAACCUGAUCGGAGCUAACAGGGUCAUCAUCUUCGACGCGUCCUGGAACCCGUCGUACGACAUCCAAAGUAUCUUCAGGCUCUACCGCUUCGGACAGCUCAAGACCUGCUACGUCUACCGAUUCCUGGCUCAGGGUACUAUGGAAGAGAAGAUCUAUGACCGCCAGGUGGCUAAACAGUCUCUAUCCUUCAGAGUGGUGGAUCAACAGCAGAUAGAGAGACAUUUCACCAUGAAUGAGCUGACGGAGCUCUACGCCUUUGAACCUGACCUUCUGGAUGAUCCCACUGGCAAGAAGAGCAAGAGGACCACGCCUAUGCUGCCAAAGGACCCCUUCCUAGCUGAGCUGCUCCACAGCAAUAAGGAGCAGAUUGUGGGCUAUCAUGAACAUGACUCCCUGCUGGAUCACAAAGAAGAGGAGGCUCUCAGCGAGGAGGACCGCAAAGCAGCCUGGGCCGAGUAUGAGGCAGAGAAGAAGGGUCUGUCUCUGCGUGUGAACCAUGGAGCGUACGGAGGACAGAUGGACAUGGGAGGAGCUAACAGCUACUUCCCCUUCAACAUUGCCGCACUGGCCUCUAUGUCCAACCCUCAGCUGGAGGAGUUGAUCAACCAGGGCCGUCAGAAGGUGAUGGAGGCCACCAACGCUCUCAAGUUCCUCCCCAGAGAAUCUCUAGAGGACACCAUCGGGAGAGUGUGGAAGGAGAACCCAGCCCUCACGGAGUCCCAGGUCCAGGCCAUGGCUCUGGGGAGACAGGCCAGUGUAGAGAUGGAGCUCAAACACAGAGAAGCUGUCUACAGAGACGUCCUCAAUAAGCAACAGACUCUAAUGAUGUACGUUCAGAAGGUGAUCACCAACAGGAAGGUGAGAGAGCAGCAGAUGGCCAUGGCCAACCAGGCCCAGCUGAUGAGCCAGAUGAACGGCAUGCUGGGAGCUGGCGGGAUGAGCCAGAUGGAACUCUUGGGGUUGUACCAACAGCUGGGGGCGCUACAGGGUCAUCCCACCCACCCCUCCAUGGGCGGCAAGAACCCCGGUCCCUCCAAGGGCAACCUGUAAGGGGAGGGGGACCCAGGGCGUGCCCUACAUAGUGCACUAUCCACUAUCCAUAUUGGCUGAGUGCGCAACGUUAGACCAAUGUAGCGAAUAUGGUUUCAUUUGUGACUCAGACUGCCCCCUCGAUGUCUCAGUAGGUCGCUCCCUAACGCUGCUCUGUCUCCUAUGUAGUGCACUAGAUGGAGCCCGGAGCCCUAGGGUUUUGGUUAGAAGUAGUGCACUAUGUAGGGGAUAAGAGGUGUGUGAUCUGGGAACGAUGCCGCUGCCUUACAACACUUCUUCACUGGGGAGGUGAGAGACGACACAGAGAGAAGGGUCUCGGAGCCCCUCGCCACUCCCUCCAGCUCUCCUGAAGCAGGGAAUGACAUGACUUGUAUAGGGACUAUACGAAGGGGUUUUUAGCAAUUUCAUUUGAGAUUCUGUAUAUAGCGCAGUAAUGUUAUUCAAGUUCUCUUCUGUAGUUCUCUUCUAUAGUUCUCUUUUAUAGUUCUCUUCUAUAGUUCUCUUCUAUAGUUCUCUUCUAUAGUACUCUUCUAUAGUUCUCUUCUAUAGUUCUCUUCUAUAGUUCUCUUCUAUAGUUCUCUUCUAUAGUUCUCUUCUAUAGUUCUCUUCUAUAGUUCUCUUCUAUAGUUCUCUUCUAUAGUUCACAUGUAUUUAAAGGAAAAACGCUAAACAGUGCGUUAUUCUUUCCCCUUAUAAGGAGGGUUUGGUUAAUGAAUGGAUUUUUCUGUAAGUUGUGUUUUGAUACACUUUUAAUGAAUGCUUGUCUAUCUAAAGAACCCUCAGAGUGGGACCAUAGUGCUGACUAAUUGGUGACAGGACUAUUUUAGGAUAGCUACAAGAUGCGAUCCCUCUAGAACCCUCCCUCCACACGCAGGCUAGAGGGCGGACACGCAGGCUAGAGGGCGGACACGCAGGCUAGAGGGCGGACACGCAGGCUAGAGGGCGGACACGCAGGCUAGAGGGCGGACACGCAGGCUAGAGGCGGACACGCAGGCUAGAGGCGGACACGCAGGCUAGAGGGCGGACACGCAGGCUAGAGGACGGACACGCAGGCUAGAGGACGGACACGCAGGCUAGCGGACGGACACGCAGGCUAGAGGACGGACACGCAGGCUAGCGGACGGACACGCAGGCUAGCGGACGGACACGCAGGCUAGCGGACGGACACGCAGGCUAGAGGGCGGACACGCAGGCUAGAGGGCGGACACGCAGGCUAGAGGGCGGACACGCAGGCUAGAGGGCGGACACGCAGGCUAGAGGGCGGACACGCAGGCUAGAGGGCGGACACGCAGGCUAGAGGGCGGACACGCAGGCUAGAGGACGGACACGCAGGCUAGAGGGCGGACACGCAGGCUAGAGGACGGACACGCAGGCUAGCGGACGGACACGCAGGCUAGCGGACGGACACGCAGGCUAGCGGACGGACACGCAGGCUAGCGGACGGACACGCAGGCUAGCGGGCGGACACGCAGGCUAGCGGGCGGACACGCAGGCUAGCGGGCGGCCACGCAGGCUAGCGGGCGGCCACGCAGGCUAGAGGGCGGCCACGCAGGCUAGCGGGCGGACACGCAGGCUAGCGGACGGACACGCAGGCUAGCGGACGGACACGCAGGCUAGCGGACGGACACGCAGGCUAGAGGACGGACACGCAGGCUAGAGGACGGACACGCAGGCUAGAGGACGGACACGCAGGCUAGAGGACGGACACGCAGGCUAGAGGGCGGACACGCAGGCUAGCGGUGCUGGUGUCCUCAAACUAUUUUGGGAGAUUUUGAUGCAUAGCCAUGACAAGAAAAAACUAUAACAUUCAAAUAAAAAUUAGGGCCUUUAUUUCCAUUUCCUAAAGUUUUGUGUAAAUGAGAUUUGAGAAUGAUUUUUCUAUCAGCUUGUGGCUCUUAAUAUUUCCACUGUUUGUCUCAUGGUUAUUAUGAUGGUAAUAUGGAAUGCUCUUGUCGUUAAAACACACUGCCCCCCCCCGUCUCUCGCCCCUCACUCACUUCCCCGGGACUCUCUCUCUUUGUAAAGCUCAUGCUCUUGUUGUCAAGUUGUUGCCUAGCGUAGCUCCAUAUCCCAGGGUGCUGUUCAUCCUUCUCUUUCUGUUCCACUUGUUGCAUCCUAAUCCACCCCUGGUGGAGGACUGGGUCGAGGAGGGGGAGGUCGGGGUGCUUCACCAAGCAAGGUCAUGUCCAGCUCUUUUAUUUCAUUAUGGGUUCACCGUCUUGGCGUUGCAGGUGCCCGAAUCACGCAGGCUAGAGGGCGGACACGCAGGCUAGCGGACGGACACGCAGGCUAGAGGGGCGGACACGCAGGCUAGAGGGCGGACACGCAGGCUAGAGGGCGGACACGCAGGCUAGAGGGCGGACACGCAGGCUAGAGGGCGGACACGCAGGCUAGAGGGCGGACACGCAGGCUAGAGGGCGGACACGCAGGCUAGAGGGCGGACACGCAGGCUAGGGGGGCGGACACGCAGGCUAGAGGGGCGGACACGCAGGCUAGAGGGGCGGACACGCAGGCUAGAGGGCGGACACGCAGGCUAGAGGGCGGACACGCAGGCUAGAGGGCGGACACGCA